AUGGAUCCCCCCGAUCCCCUGCCGCUGCGUAUAACGCGGAGCGCCUCCUCGUCCUCUUCCCUCCACUUCAAACCCCGCGACCGGAAACUUCACCUGCUGGUCGCCGCCAACGGCCCCCGCGAUAUAUCAUGGGCCCAGACCCUCGUCGUCCGCCUCUCCAAGAGCUCCGCCAUCGACAUGCGCGCCAUCGUCGACGACGCCGUUCCACGCCUCACCCAGACCGUCAUCACCAUGCAGAACCGCUCCAUGACGCUGCCUCUAGGGCCUUCGCGCGCCGGCUCCGAGGCCGAUGUCGACGACAUUGAAUUCUACCGUCAGCAGGCCUUUGAGCUCGUCGAGUGGGCCGACCUGCUCGUCUUGGCCCCCAUCGACGCCGACAACAUGGCCAAGAUGAUGGCCGGCAUCGCCGACACCUUUUUGCUCGAGGUCCUCAGGGGUUGGGACAUGACCAAGAAGAUUCUGCUCGUCCCCGGCAUGAGCACCCACAUGUGGGAGAACCCCGUCACCAAGCGGCAGCUCAACAAGAUCAAUGCAAAGUGGCCUUGGGUCCGCGCCAUGCCCCCCAUCCUGUGGCACUACGACGGCGCCCACAAGAACCCCAAGCGCAUCGUCAACUGGAACGGCUUCAACGACGUCCUGGGCAUCAUCAAGAACCAGGCCGACCUGCUCGGCCUGGGCCGCGACGUCGACGUCGUCACCCACCUCGGCUACCUCGCCUCGGGCGAUCCGCGCGUCUACUCCAACCUGCCCCCCGAGAUCUGGACCAUCAUCCUCGACUACGCCGGCGACUGGGAACUCGCCCAGGCCCUCGGCAUCUUCACCAACCUGCCCAUGCCGCACCCCUGGAAGCUGCAUCCGAGCGACCCCGACGACCCGCUCAAGGUCUACAAGCACGAGCUCGAGUGGCUCGUCCUUACCUGCGACUCGACCUCGGUCUGCAAAAAGCUGCUCCAGUCCCCGCCCGCCUUCCACGAGCUUCCCGCUCUCGUCAUCAAACUACUGAUCCGCUUCUCGCUCAUCGAGGUGCUCGCCUGGAUGGAAGCCAACCGGCCCGACCUCUUCCAGGCCUUUGACGGCAAAGUCCUCGCCACCAAGGCAUCGGCCUACUUUGGCCGCCCCGACGUCCUCGACUACUGGAAAGAGAGCCGCUACUUCCGCGGCCGCCACCAGCAGUGCUACGACGCCGAAGCCCUGGACGGCGCAUCCAAGAACGGCUACAUCCAGGUCCUCGACUGGUGGUGGCGCCGUUCCGGGCUGCCUCUCCGCUUCACCGAGGCCGCCCUCGAGCAGGCCAGCGGAAAGGGCCACCUCCUGGUGCUCGAGUGGUGGCGCGACGCCGCCGCCCAGGACGACACUAUUGUACUGAGGCCCGGCAAAUCGCUGCUGUGGGCUGCCCAGCACGGCCAGAUCGACGUCAUCCGCUGGUGGAUGGCAUCUGGCAUCCCCGUGGCCCACGGCGAUGGCGUGGCCAAGAUCGCCUCACGCUGGGGCCAGGUCGGCGUGCUCGAGCUCUGGCGGAAGCUCAAGGGCGACGACAAGCUCGCCUUUGACGGCGAGGUCCUCGUCCAGCCGACGAUCCACCAGCACAUUGGCGUCCUCGAGUGGUGGCGCAAGUUUGCGUACGGCGAGCUCGAGGGAAUGGAAGGGCGCAAGCACCGCGUCGAAUACCGGACGUGCGACAUUGAAGAGGCCCUGGAGGACAGCAUCGGCGACCAGGAGCCGGUGCGAAGGUGGUGGGCCAGCAACGGGCUUAACCUGGGCCUGCGCAACGUCGAGUGGAUGAGGCCGAGGUAUCUGUAG